AUGUUUCCCCAAUCGGGGUUCCCCUUUUCAACGACCGAUCAGGAAGCCCUACGGAACCUUGCUGCGAAUCAGAACACGCAAUACCAACAAGCUUUCCUCGCCGCCCAACUUCAACAAAACCCGGCCCUACUGGCUGCCGCCCAGCAUCAACUACAACAGCAAUACCUCUUGCAGCAGCUUUUGGCCCAACAAGUGCAGCAACAACAGCAACAGCAGAACCCGACUUCAACGGGAGCUGUUCCGCAAGUUUCGCUGCCUAAUAAUCCACUUCAUAAUGCUGCCGUACUGGAAGUGCAAAACCGGAUUUUACAACAACAAAAUCAAAAUGCCUUGUUAUCAACUGCAUCAAUCCUCCCGGGAACCUCUCAUAUAGCUGCAUCUUUACAAGAUGUCCCAAGAAGACCCUCGCUGAUGUCCAAUCUGGAUAGCCGGCCCUCGAUGCAUAACGAUCCACUCUCCGUGGACACAAUGGGAAACCCCGAGCGCAUCGAUGAAGAAGAGGAGGAUGAGGAUGAGGAGGGCUUCUCUCCGUAUGCCUCUGCCGACGAUGGUCCUGAUGAUGAGGAGCUAAAGCUGCUCGAGCUGGAGAAAAAGAUGCUUACAAGCAACCUGGCAACAUUGACAAAGCGACGCGUCGAAUUGCUGAAAGAGACACAAAAAGAAAAGGAAAAAGUUGGCGGGAGUGGCGAGGGUUCCAGUGGUGACCAGCCGGAGGAGGAGGUGCAUGUAUCGGUCAAUUUUCUGCCGGGAUUUGCCAAUGAAGGAUUGAAGCUUUAUCGUCAACUAUCAAAGCUAGCCCCCGAAAGACCGAUGCCCAUUAUGGAUGAAACACAAAAGCUUGGACUGGACCUCGAAAGGAAGGCUCGCAUCUACGCAGAACCGUCUGACAUUCCUGAAGUCGAGAAGAUGACCAGGGACUAUGAAGUUUUCAAGCCGAAGCUUGUGGAUAUCUUGCGAACUCGUAAGAUGGAAAACAAAAAAAUGGUGCAGGAGCGGCGCAGAGUAAUGAGUAAAACUUAUCGCGAAUGGUCGAAGGCAUGCUACGAUUUCGAAAGCCAACCUGAGAAUGUGGCCCUAUAUCAGAAGCGCCGUGACACAUUCGAAACGACUUUCCCUGAGCUCAAGGCAAUGAAGAAGGAGAUUGACAUCCGAAAAGAACGCAGCCAAUACUUCCGGACCGGCAUAAACCCAGAGGACGCCGAAACGAUGAAAAUUCGUGAAUCGGCGGUGACUGUUCCCGAAUUUUCUGUGUUCGACCCGACCGACACGGCCUUUUUCUUCAAUGACAAUAAUUUAGUCCUCGACGCACAAGGUCAAGCUAGGAAAAACACCGAGGACUUUGUGUCGUCAUGGUCUGUUGAGGAGAAGAAGCUUUUUACCGAGAAGAUUCAAGAAUACGGCAAGAACUUUUCGGCCAUCGCUUGCUUCUUGCGGCGUCAUCCUACUAAACACUGUGUCCGGUGGUAUUAUCUAUCUAAGAAGAACAUCAAUUACAAGAGCGCUCACCGCAAGAAUAAAAAGAAGGCCAGCAAGGUCUACAAGGCUCCCGUGAUGCCAUCACAUGCUGAUUUGUUACUUGUCGCGCUUCCACACGCUGAAAAGGCUGCUGCAGGAUUGUCUGCGGCGAUUGAGAGCAAAUGUUGUAUGUGUAAUAUGAAGAUCAACGUCGUCAAUUCAGUACCGCAAAAGCGCGUUGUUGCCACGAGAAACCUUAUCGAAGCUCUUGGUGAGCUAACGCACGGUUCUGACAUAAAAGUUUGCCAACGCUGCCAAAGCGAAGUGAAGACCAAUCGAAACAGCACUCGUUGUUUGACUAGCGCUUGCGAAGUCACCAAGCGAAAGAGCAUCCGUUUGCUACCGCCGAAAUGGAAGACUGCCGGUGAUAGGAUCAAGAAGUUCAUUGCACACCACUUUGGCUUCCCUCGUGAGAUGACAAAGUGCUGCCAGCAGUGCUGCAAGAGGAUCACCCAAAAACUGGACGCAGCUUUGAAUAACGAGAUUGACGGAGAGAUUGCGACCUGGGAAUUUGAGACGGCGCAUGAUUGGCCCAAGGCUGAAUUGAAUGCACUGGAUCGGGUCGUCAAGGAGAAAGGACAAAUCUGGGAGGCCGUCAGUCAAGUCUUCUCGGGAAGAAGUGCCGCCGAAUGUAAAACUCAAUGGGAAAAGCGAAACGGUGUCAUGGGCGCCAAUCUUCAACCUGUCGGCGAGAAAGAAGAAUUCGAGGAUGGGGAUGAAGAAGCUCGAAUGGAUCUUGAUGCUCUUGGUGAGGCUGAGGAUGUUUUGGAUGAGCAGAAAGACGAAAUGCAGGUCAAAGAGGAGGCCGGAGACGAAAACAUGGACGACAACGUCAGUGUAGAACUGGAACCCCAUGCGGCCCCCUAUCAAGCAACCCCAACGUCCCCUGAUGCCGAGGAAAAUCCGGAGGCGGAGACCGCGAAGGAAGAAAACGGCGAAACGUCAAGCCCACGAAAUGUGGAAACUGCUGAAUAUGAACCAGAAGCAUCAACUUCCAUGCUCCCCAUUGUCCCGAAUUUUGUGCCGAUCGUGCCGAAGCUAGAGCCAUUGGACGAGGGGGAACAGCAGGGUAUGCAACUGCAGGACACCCCGCCGGCGCUUGCCCCGUUACCAGUCUCCAUGGACCCAUCCGCCCAUCCACAUUCGCCCGCCCCUUCGGCAUCGCUCACCGGCGGCGACCAGGCCCGACCCGACUCGAAGGCAUCCAGCGAUGAUAUCAUGAUUGUUGAAGAGGUCAGCCGCAGUGCUUUCCGGCAAAUCGGUGGUGACGAUUCGAGUGGACCAUCUGGUCUCAAGGGCAGCAUCACGCAGGGCACACCCAUCCUUCGUCCACCCUCUGAACAAUUGGCCGGAUCAAGCAACCAAGCCACUCCCAAUCAAAUCACGGCUGAUCAGCAAUAUCAACACCUGAUGAAAAACGAGAUGCUCAGGCAACAGCUGGCUUUCUUCCAACAAGCUGCUGGCAACUCCAACCUGACCCAGGAGCAGCAGCUGCAGCAGAUGCAGCAAUUCCAGAAUCAAAUUCGGAUGAUGCCGAUUGAGCAGCAAAACCAACUGCUUCAGCAGCUUCAUCAGAACAGCCAGAUUCAACAGCAACAACAGCUCAUGGCGCAGCAGCUUCAGGCUUCAAUGUUCCAACAACAAGUGCAACAACAACAGCACAUGCAACAACAGCAAAACGUUCAGCAACAACAGCAGCGCGCUAACCCCCAAAUCCAAGCAGCUCAGGCUCAACACCAGGCAGCUCACUCACCAGGACAAACACAGCCCCAGCCUGCUCUUGAUGAGGCGAAACUGAACGAGCUCCUAAAUAUGAGCCAAGCACAGCUGGAAAGCUGCUACAACGAAGUCCUGAAUGGAUGCCAGCAACUGAACCAACAAGUGCAAUCGCUUGAUCAAGCCUUGCGCAUUCAACAAAACCAACUCCUGUACGCACAGGGCCAGCAAAAAGAUCAUGUCCAUAAUGCGGUCUUAGCCAUCGAACAUCAAUUAGCUGAGAAACGCCGACAAUGUCAACUCGAAGGUGAUCGACUUGAUCAAAUACGCCAGUUGGUUCAAAAUCUCAACCAGCCACCUCAGAUCCGGGCAGCAGCAUUACAGGCGUUGGUCAGCGACCAAGGAAAGCGCAGUGAACUUGCGCAAUAUGGCGAAAAUUCGCUGAAACAAAUGAAGGAAAAUGUCAAACUUACGCAGAUACUUGACCAAGCUCAGCGAGAAUCUGAUGACGCUCAGAGAAACAUUCAACAGUGGCAGCGUAGUCUCGCGGAGAUAGAUGAGCAGCUGAAGAAUCUGAAAGCAGAAGCGUUCAAGGCGCAAUCGGCUCGCGAUGCCUACGAAAAGCUGAAAUGUCAGCCGGAAGUCGACGCGCAUGCCCGAAAACUGGAGGAACUCCAAAACCGGCUCCGCGAUGUUACGGCCCUGCGUCAAAGCAACGAGUCAAAGGUCAACCAGGCUUUCCAAGUGCUACAAGUCCGGCAGCAGCAGAUCCACCUGCUCCAAACCGAACUGCAGGACGCCACGAACUCGCACGGAAAGGUGGAGCGCCUAUGCAACCGUGUGUAUGACCUCGUCUUUGUCCCAAUGACACACCCAACACACGAAGCAGCCCGGGCCUCGGCUCCCGCCUACCGUUCCCAAGCAGUCACACCAUCAAUGUUCUCGUCGGCCUCUCAAAUGCCCGGAACGUCAAACCAGCCACUACAGCAGAUGCAGGCGCGGGCACAGCCGAGACCGCUCUCUCAAACCUCCCAACCGGGCCCUAGCGGUAGCGCGCUGGUCGGGAACACAGAGGGACGUGAAGGCGAAGAACUUCGGCAAGCCGAAGCAGACGUUCUCAACGCUCAGCAUCAGCUAAAUGUGGCGCGGGAAGAAGCUAAUGCCUACCAAGCUCAAGUUCAGGAGGUGUUCCGCAUCUUCGAAAGUGCCGUCCCAGCGAUGGAUGAUGUGAUGCGCCAAACGCAACGCCGAAACCUCGCCAUCAUUCAACAGGAGUUGAGCCAGAAGCGUCAAAUGGUCGAUAACUUCCAAAAUCUGCUGAACCAGGCGGAAUCCAAACGAAACCAGCUGAAAGAACGUUCGACUCGCGCUGCAACGUCCUCACAGGCGGCUCGCGAGGCUGAGGAAAGGGAAAAGCAGGCGAUCGCCCACUACGCCAGCAUCCGAAGCAAGGGCGCCGUCAAAGAUUAUACCGCAACGCAAACGUCGGGACCGGCGCCAAACCAGCCACAACAAGCCCAAAAUCAAGUGACUGGCGCGUCGGGGCAUAAUCUGCUGCCGCACAUGGCGUCGGUGCGAAAUAAUGCGAAGCGCGGGAAUUCGCCAGUUAUCGGAAUUAAUAAGCCGGUUACGGCUGGUGGUUCUCUAACCUACGGUCGCUCAGCUAUCGCAGGCUCGAGCGAUGAUGGCCGUUUGCUGGAUAGGGUUGUGCACGAGGAAGUAAGCGGAAACAGCGCUGCUACUGGUGAUGGCCGAAUGAUGCGAAAGAGCGGACUCACGACUUGCGUGUUGCCCCAGGUUGACUCUCACAAGCAACUCCCCGCGCAGGUUCAUCGCAGGACUGCUUCCCCGGCCUCGACCGCUUUUGGACAAGUGGCGCAAAAUCAGCAGCAUCAACAGCAGGCCUCACAACCUGCCCAAAAUUCCGGCCCGCCACUGGGUUCAUCCGCUCUGAUGGGCCAGCGUGGGCCAUUUGCGCCUAAGGCAACGUAUUCUAACACCGCCCCUCCACCCAGGACUCUUGAAACAUCACAGAAUAACAAUGCGCUCAACAUUCAAACUCACCAUGACUCGCGGAUGCGGCAUGGGCACGAUUCUGCUCGCAAUCAGGGAACCUCGCCUGGGAGUGCUUUUUCCACGCCGCGCGGAAGGAAUCAUGGAGCUUCUGUGACCCGCUAUGAGCCGUUGUCGCCUGAGCCACCGGGAACGCAGCCAAUUCACCGGCCGCCUCCGACCCCCUCAACAGGUCCCCAAAGGGAAACGUUCUCGAUGCUUGACUUCUACGAUGAUGAUCCGCUGAAUCCGCCACGGCUUGACCAGAAUCUUCCGCCCGGCCCGUUGUCGCCACCUCCUUCAUUCCUGCGCAACAAUACUGUGUUCAACCCUGCCGCUCUUCCGCCACCCACCUACGAGCCGCUGAGUGAUGAAGAUAAC